CGACGUACGUCCAAUCGUGAUGACGCAAUGAGCAAAUUCGGCGCGCGAAACCUGCAACAGGAAGUAAGAAUCGCUGAGGAAAACGGCGACCUGUUUAGGAUCUGGAUCUUCAAGUUAACUUCAUAAUCUGCAAACAUCUACAAUAUUAUGGCAGACCCAAAGGACCAAGAAGAGCAUGAAACCACUGCAGAAGUUGCAGAAGACUCCAGCCAUGACCCACAAUUUGAACCAAUUGUGAGCCUUCCUGAGCAGGAAGUGAAAACGUUAGAAGAAGAUGAAGAGGAAAUUUUCAAAAUGCGAGCUAAACUGUACCGGUUUGCCUCUGAAAUCGACCCACCCGAGUGGAAGGAGCGAGGCACCGGUGAUGUCAAGCUGCUCAGGCACAGAGACAAGGGCACAAUCCGCCUGCUGAUGAGGAGAGAUCGUACUUUGAAGCUUUGUGCCAAUCAUCAGAUUGUACCGAUGAUGGAACUGAAGCCCAACGCUGGCAGCGACAGAGCUUGGGUGUGGAACACACUAGCGGAUUAUGCCGAUGAAGAACCCAAACCCGAGCUUCUGGCUAUACGCUUUUUAAAUGCAGAAAAUGCUCAGAAGUUCAAAUUGAAGUUUGACGAAUGCAAAGAUGUAAUCCGAAACAAAUUAGAGGAGUCUGAUGACGCUGACAGUGCUAUCAAAGUGGUGGAGAAACUGGAGGAGCUCUCGGUAAAAGACAAGAAGGAAGGUGAAAAGGUGACUGAGAAGAAAGAAGAGUCGAAGCAGGUGAAAGCUGAGGAAAAGAAUUGAGAGAAGAACUUUCAAUACUGGUCUUCAAUUGAUCCGUUUUCCUCUUUUUUUCUACAAUAGACUCUAAAGGAACUCAAUUUGGACACUUGACAUUAGUUGUUGUUUUUUUGUUGGUUUUGUUUUUUUCUCUCUUUUUUUAAUGUUCCGUUUUGCCUCACAAGUCCUUAAUACCACUUUCAGAAGCAAACAACCAAAAUAUUGAAAGUAUGACAGUGAAGUCACCCUUCCUUUUACCCCUUCUCUUCAGAACCUCAUUGGAAGAACACACUUUUCAAUUCUUGUCAUCAACACUUUAAUGUUACUUGUGACAAACUGAAGAGGCUUGUGAUUGAGAUGAUUCCCACAUUGGGGUAUUUAGUUUGUAGCUUGUAUUUGUUUUUGUUUUUUAUUAUUAUUAUUUUUGUAGAAGGAGGACACUGUAGCCUGCUUGUUAGCAGCACACGGUCAGGGACCAGACCAGGCGUCAUGAAAGAGUAUUUUCUAUUACAUCCCAUGAUGCAGUUCAAAUGGCUGUUGGCCUCUCCAUGCUUCUGCUGUUCCCGGCAUCAAGUAAAUCAUGUCAGUGGAGACGUGUAGGAGUAGGUUUUUUUGUUUGUUUUUUUGGUAGUUAUUUUUGGGGUUGGGGGGCAGGUUCAUUUUGACAUCACAUCUGUGUAGAGCCAAUAAGCAGAGGGUCUGCAGUUUAGGACCAUCCGAUGCACUUAGACUAAAUUUCAUUUUGUUCAAAACAUUUGAACGUUAAGUCCAAAGUCAGCAGUUCAUCAGAGUUUGCUCGAGCCCCACUACGAUUGAAGUUCCUCAUCACCAGGAAUUCUCUCUGUAACAUUCCCUGCUUAUUAGCAUGUGAAAUCUCUCCCCAGCCAUCCCGCUCGCAUCCAUUUCUUCUCAACAAACAUUUCUGAACCUCAAAAAUGCAUCCAAGUGCCAGUGCAUCUGUAAAUACUUGUACAUGGAUGAAAUGUUGCUUCUCAUUUGCACUCAAAAAGAUUGGAUAUGUUUCCUCCACCUUUGAAUAAAACACUGUCAACCA